GGGAUGUCUCAGUUUUAUGAGUGUCCUCUGCGACUCGAAAAGGGAUUUGUUUUGGAUGGGGUGGCUGUGAGCACAAUGGCCCGGGCCUACAGCCUCUCGAGGCCCAAGCUGUGGUCCGCGAUUCCGCCUUACAACCCACAACAGGACUACCACACUCAUAGGUACUUCCAGAGCCGCGUGGUUCCGCCCAUUUUGCGGAAAACUGAUCAGGAUCAUGGCGGUACAGGAAGGGAUGGCUGGAUAGUGGAUUAUUUCCACAUUUUUGGUCAAGGACAGAGAUAUCUGAACAGGAGAAACUGGGCAGGGGCAGGGCAUUCCAUCCAGCAGGUGAGUGGACAUGACCACUACAAUGCCAAUCUGAAGACGAUAAAUGUGGGCUUAAACGGUCGAUUUGGCUACCGCCGGAACACUCCAGCCCUCCGACAGCGCACAUCAGUGUUCGGGGAAGUCACCCCAUUCCCCAUUUUCUGAAGACACUACUUCACAGGCCUUGACUUGAAUCUCUAAGACAGAUGUUUAGAUGACCUGUCAAUACUAUUCUAUAUUUUUAAAAGUU